UCUGCGUGGUCCGUGUGGAUCCCGAUCCCCCCCCGGAAACAUCGGCUCCAUACACUCCGUUCCGGGGCUGUAGAGUCGGCGGCGGCCCCGCUCACCUCUAUAGAGAGAUGGAAGCGGAGAAGGGGCGAGCGGUGACCGCAGGGGAAAGGGAGGCCUGGAUGGACCUCGCUGUAAACAUGGCUAAAGAAGCACUAGAGAGUGGUGAAGUACCUGUUGGUUGCCUCAUGGUCUACAAUAAUGAGAUCAUAGGAAAGGGAAAGAAUGAAGUUAAUGAAACUAAAAAUGCUACUCGCCAUGCAGAAAUGGUAGCAAUUGAUCAGGUCAUGGACUGGUGUCGUCAGAACAAGAAGGAACCCAAGGAAGUAUUUGCAAACACAGUGCUAUAUGUCACUGUAGAGCCCUGUAUAAUGUGUGCAGCUGCUCUGCGAAUGAUGAAAAUCCCACUGGUUGUAUAUGGCUGCCAGAAUGAACGAUUCGGAGGCUGUGGUUCGGUUUUGAACAUCUCUUCUGCUACCUUAACGGACACAGGGGAACCAUUCCAGUGCAUAGCUGGUUAUCGAUCUGAAGAAGCUGUUGAAAUGCUGAAAACCUUCUACAGACAAGAAAAUCCAAAUGCACCAAAAUCAAAAGUUCGAAGAAAGGAAUGCAGUAAAUGAGUGGUUGUGAUGGAUAGUAAAGCAAAGCUGGAAGAAUGACAAGUCUUUGAAAAGGCUGGCCAGUAUUGACCUUCCCUCAGCUAUGGUAUUUAGUCCUGAGAGGUGGAGAAAAACAUGUCUGUUACUCUGUAAAAUGUCCAAAAGUAUCACUGAUUGAAAGAUAAUAAUCAAAUUGUCAAAUAUGGCUUUUGGUUAAAAUGUUUGGCUUCUUAUAAGGAACAAUAGAAAGGAGUGGUAUCCUCCAAUAAUUAAAUAGUUAAUAUGACACUGUUGUAGCCCUACUAAUUUUGAACUGAUCAGCUGGAAGACCAACUAUCCCGAAAGUCCUUAGUUUGGCAGGUAUGCUGACUUCUUGCCACUGAUGCCAUGCACACACAUGAUGAUAUACCGGCCAGUGCACAUACCAAGUUCUGUUUACAUUUAAACCACUUAACAACAUACAAAAAUUCAGUGGUCUCAGAGUUCUGUAUGCCUCAUCAGCCAGAACAGAACCACCACAUCUACUCAUGGCGUCAGCAGCUAGAAACCUGUGUGAGCAGUGGCUGUUAUGCUGAAAACUGUCAUGAGGACCAGUCUUAAUAGCUCUAGGACAUACGAAGCUGUCAUAUUGAGUCAGACCAUUGGUCUAUCUAGGCUACGAUUACGUAUUCUGAUUGACAACACCUACGGACUACUUAACUGGAAACGGGGAUGAAAUUGGGACCUUCUCCCCAUAAAACAUUUGCUCUUCCACUGUGCUACAGCCCUUUGCCUUGUAUCCUAGACAGAUUUAUAGUUGGUAUUACUUAAAAGUAAACUGCUUUCCUCAUCACUGUAGUGCACGUUUCCAAUGUAUACAUAAUUUGGAGGAAUUCGAAGGUAAGCUAGCAAAUCCCAGACAAUGGCUUGUUUAUAUUGAGCUCAAUUAAGACAUUCAUGAUUAAGAAAGCUUGACUAUGGUUUGUUCAUGAUGUCUGAGUUGACAAACCAUGGUUUAUGACCAUGUUUGGUUGUGUGUACUUUUUCAGGUUACGUUGUCACUACAGUUAGCAAACAGACAGUUUCUUUUUCUUAUAUGCUUGUGAUAGAAAACCGCCUUGAAAACGGAAGUCUAGCAUACCCAGUAUUUUUGAAUGAAUAUUUUGUUUCAUAAGAUUCAUACAUUGCUUUAUUGUUCUUUUUUUUAAAAAAAAAAAGAGGUCAAAGAGGAAUAUUGAGAAGUAGAUUUCCAGAGGAACUUUUCUUAGUAUAAGGUAACUAGGCAGGAAAAUGGCAAUAAGAAAUGCCUAAAGCUUAGAGCUGGCACUUCAGUGCUUAUUGGGUUGUUCCUUGACCGUAUUCUGAUUACAAUCCAGAAGAGGGCCUUGCUGUUCUAAUAAUGAAUGGCCCAGCAGUUUGACAUGGAGCUCUUAUUCCUGCAGAAUGUGCAUGCUGAGCAACUCAACAAGCUGGGAAGCAGUCAAGCAGUGCCUUAUAGAUUUGUAUAUUAUGGACAAUUCCAAUAGUUAGACAAGUGAGAGCCACAGUUGUUGCACUAUUUUUAUUUCUCUAUUAAAUAGAUAAACAAAUUCUGAAAAGGGAUGAAGUGUGUUCCUGAUGGUUAAAUAAUAAAAAUGAAUACAUCUGC